AUGGCACAACGUUUUGAUGCUCACUCCUAUCACAUCAAGCAUUCAAAUAUAAGCAGCCGUCAAGCAUUCAAAUAUAAGCAGCUAUCUCCUAACUUUAUCGCAUCCACUGCAUGGCAACAUACUUUGACUGGCCUUGAGGUGGUAAACGAGGACGAAGAACCGUUUCUCGCUACUAUAGUGGGUCGCACUUCCACGUAUCAUCUUAGAUGCGGUCCCGCAGGCAAUCACUUCAGUGGAGGGAUGAGUCCUCUUGAGAAAACAAAAUUCCAGUUCCACAUUUGUCGCCCUGUUAAUCCAGAACUAGGUGCAGAUUUCACGGCUGCAAUCAAUAACCUGGAGACCUUGCAAAACCAAGUUGGUAAGACCAAAGAACACAAAAACAUGAUUGUCGAAGAUGUAACGGGAAAAAUGAUGCAUUUCGCUAGUAAUGUCUUCAUGACUCGUGUGCGUAUUGAAUAUGCCACUGAUAAGGAAGCUCAGAACACUCUACAGGAUGAAAUCGUACCGGACUCACCACACGGACAAAAUGCGUUGAAUGCGCCUAAGAUGGACGAAGAAACCAGAGACUGGCCAAUCCCAGAUGAACUGGUGAAAGAAUUUGACGCACUGAAAUACAAGUUCGAAGUGCACCAUCUUCCUCUCUACCACGAAGAUCACCUCGUACAACCUAUACACGCCAAUGAGAUACUCAACGGCGCUAUGGUUGAAGUACAAUUCCACAUUCAGCACUGGCGAAUUAAGGAUAUCGACAGCUUCCAAGCUACCCCACAGAGGGUAACGGUUCUCAAACUGGGGCCAAUCCGGGUACCGUCCAACUACAAACGUCGCAUGGAAGACGAAGAUACGGAACAGCCGGAAGCAAAAAGAACGCACCUUAAUGCCGAAGCCGGGACAUCUAAAGUGGUAUCAGAGAUUGACUAA